AUGAAUGCUGUGGGAUUUUCUGAUUUGCGCCCUCCACCGCCCACUAAAAGGGUUAAGCUAGUAUCCACUUGCGAUACUUGUAAGAACAGGAAAGUGAAAUGUGACAGAGUGAGACCAAAAUGCGGUACAUGCAAGAAGACGGGUCGUGAUUGUGGUUACAAGUAUUCGGACACGACACACGAAAUGAGAGAAAGUGGAGCCAGAUCGCGUGCUGAAUUGGAGUAUAUGAAGGCACAAAUGGAAGAGUUGGUGAAUGCACAGUUCAAUAAAGUCGCUCAAAUGCAAAAUUGCAUUGCCGUUGCCGUUAAUGGUACUGGAAUGGAUAUGACCAAUGGAGACCAAAUAGCAAAUAUAUUUGCUGCACCAGACUUACCGUUGAGAAAUAAUGAUCUGUUCAGGAUUCCUGGUGAUAGUGCAUUAUUUCCACAACACUAUAGUAUUAACCAACAUCUUGCAGCGGAAACAUUAAACCGCUCCACGGAAAUAGCUGCACAGAUUGAUAGGAGUAAAGAACAAUGUCUGUACGAUCCACAUCAUGUUCUAAAUUACGCGGAUUUCGCUGUACUCGCACAACAACAGGUGAAAGAACCUCAGGUAGACCAAGGUCAAACGACAGAUCAACAGUUUAAUGGCCAGGCCAAUAGUAAAAUCAGCGUUCAAGGCAACAAUCAGAAUACCAGCGAAAACGAUAUGAUGGAGGAAUUGACUUCGGUUUUCGAUGAUUUGACUCUGUAUCAGUCAACCAGAUAUAUUGGCGAGGGAUCGCUUUUGCUCAUUGGCAGUACUGACGAUAAUGGAGAAAAAUUUGUUACAGAACCCAAUCAGUGCUUAGCUGAAGUUGAUGAAGAGGGAUUAAGAGCGUUACCUACUUUUCAGACUGCAAAGGAAUACGUAGAUUUAUAUUUGAAGCAUGUACACCGAUAUACUCCAUUCCUAAGACCAGUGAUUUUCCAAAAUGCACUCAACGGUCCAUUAAACCCACAACAUCUCUUAAUCCUCAACUGUAUAUUCUUUGUUGCAGCUCCAUUCCAUCAUGAUCCAGAGAAGAGUGACGGCAGAGUUUAUUUUGAGAGAGCAGAAGCUUUAUUGUAUAAAUAUUGUCGCAUUCGGCCGCAUGUGCUUACUGUUAUGGCCACUGUCUUAUUAAGUCAUUAUAAUAAGGAUGCUGUUGCUAAAUGGAUGUACAAUGGGAUUGGUACUAAGAUGUUAUUUGAGCUUGGGCUGCAUAGGAAAAUAAGGAACUUCAAACCGAAAAUAGGCAAGGAGAUUGAGAGAUUACGAGACGAAGCAUUCUGGAUGAUAUUUAUAUCAGAAAACUUUAUCUCAGCAGCUUACGGUCGUCCCAAUAUGAUUGAAGAGUCUGACUGUGAUAUCGAUGUACCACCAAUCCCUCGACUAAUUAAUCCGUUGGACGAUGAAACAAGACUUCAUAUUGCGUUCAUACAUCUUAUUACUCUCAGUCGUCUUUGUGUCAAAGUGCGCAAAUACUUACACGCGGCAUCAAGACUCAGACCAAUGUUUGAGCAUGAAGAUAAAAAUAAAUUUAGAUUAUUGGAUUUGUCAUUGACUAAAUGGCUUCAAGAAUUACCACCCUGGCUACAGAUAGGUGAAUUAUCAAAGGAUGAAAAUAGCACUCUGCUAAAUGGUAUUGGAGGUGACCUGCACCUCUUCUACGGGGUUGUCCUUAUCUUACUUCACAGUAGAUAUUUAAAACCACCUGGUCCGUAUUCCAUGUAUACAAUUUAUCCUAUUGAUUCGCCUCAAAUAUGUACAAAUGCUGCGGCGACACUUGUGAAUUGGUUACUAUACAUACUCGAAAAGUCGCCUGAUUUCUUUGCACUGGCUAUUUGUGGUGUCACUGCUAUCAACCCGGCUAUGCGCGUAUUUAAGUGGAACGAGAAGUAUGAUCCAAACGAAAGGGUUAGAAUAAAGGCAAGGGAAACGAUAAGAAAGCUUGAGUAUAUAAAGCAGCAGACGGAUAGCGUUCACAACAAAUAUGACAGAGGUAGAUUUGAUGAAGAAUUUGGACUCAACAUUGAGCAGUCUAUUGAUGACUCCUUUGGAAGAGUUCAAUUGACACUGGAGACAAUUGAAGUCGAUAUUAGUAGGAGAGACUACGAAGUAUACGUCAAUGACGACGAUCUUGAACUUAGGGAACAAUAUCGGAGGUUAAUGUGGGGAAAACGAGUACCGUUACGGAAAUCAAGUAGGCAGAGUAGACGUAAUAGUAGAUCCAUGAGUGGCAUAGUUUAUAAUAGCAGUCGGCAUGACAGUCAAUUCAUGAUCAUGCCAAUUUCAGAAACGGACUUACCUAAUUUCGUUUUCACGCCGAAAAGACAAAUUUCAUUCGGAGACUAUCAACCUGCUUCUGAUAAUACCGAGAAACAGCAAUAUGAAGAAGUUGCCUCAGUGAUGUCUGAUAGCCAGAUAUUUGAUGAACCAGGACCGAUAAUUCCACCGGAAUACGUGAAUCCAUUACAGAUUGAUAACUUUCACAUACAAGAACAAUAUCUACAACAACCAAUAUCAGUACAGUUAUCACGUGAUGAUAUAGAACAAUGCGAGUACGAACAGCAACCAUCAUCACAACCAUUAUCACCAAAACCAUCACCACCACAACAACAACAACCACCACCACCACCACCGAUACAGACGACACAACAACAACUGCAAAAUCAAAAGACAUCACUGCCAUCGCCUCCACAACAGCUGUCCAAGCACAUCAACCCACUCUCACCGCAACUCGACGAAAAAUUGCCAAUAUUGCCGAUGACCCCCCCACAUCAACAAUAUGCUGAUGACCUCCCGGGCAACGAAGGCCCAAUGCUCUGUUCGCAACCAGACAACCCAGGACGCACUUUCUCAAAUUCAUCCAAUAGGUCUGUUAUGCUUACACCUCCUUCGCAUCCGCUUGAUUAUUUCAAUUACUUGCCUGAAGGUGAACUUGAGACUGAUAUUUUGAGUGGAACUAGUAAUGAUACAUAA